ACACAUACACAACAUAGAUAUAAUAUGGCAUCAACAAGAACAACAACACUGACAUUGACUUUUGUGUUUGUACUGAUGGCGUUGGUCGCCCAGUCAAAUGCAUUCUCAUUCAAGGUGCCUGCAAAGGUGGAGGAAUGCAUAUUCGAGGAGAUAGAGAUGGAUGCGACAUUCACCGUGAUGUUCCAGGUCACACAUGGCGGCUUCAACGACAUUGAUUUCUCAAUCAUCUCACCAGACAACCGUGUACUGUACAAGGGUCAGCGCGAGUCUGAGGGCACCAAGGUCAUCAAGGCCAGUUUCGCAGGUGUCUACAGAUUCUGUUUCAGCAACCAAAUGUCAUCACUCACCGAGAAGACAAUCAGCUUUGCACUCGUACUCAGUGGUACUUCAGAGAUUGCAGAGUAUGCCAAGAAGGCAUCGGAAAGCACCAACAGCAGAGUAUUGUGGUGGUCAAUCUUUGAGGCAUUCAUCUUGGUUGUUAUGAGCCUUUGGCAAAUAUAUUACUUGCGUAGAUUCUUCGAAGUGAAGCGCGCUGUAUAG